CAAACAAAAGUCAGUCCCAUCCCCGAUUUACAAAUAUCAGAACUAAAAAGAGAGAGACAGAGAGAGGAGAAUGAUGAUGGCAGACAAACCCUAGUUUUCUCUAAUUCCGUAACUCUUAAGAAAACCUCUACUAAAAUCCGAUCUCAAAACCCUAGUUUCAUCAUCUAUUUGAUCUUCCUUCGAAUUUCUCUACACUUCUUCUGCUUACCAAGAUCUUAAAAAUCAUGGAGAAGCAAUUCAAUGUACCCCCAGUAGUAUUCCCAUCAGGAUCAGGUGGAUUGCCACAACAAAGAAGAGCACCAACAGCAGUACCACCGCCAUUUCAACCGCCUAGACCAUCAAACAACAAUCUCCCCUUCAUGAGUUUCGAUGUUGGAUCUGCUGUUCCAUCUACAUCUUUUUCAAACCCAGUAUUCGGAGCAAACACAACAUCAGGUACAAUCGGUGGUUACGGUUCUGGAUUUGAUGAUGAAUUACCGUUACUUGAAGAACUUGGAAUCAAUACAAGACAAAUCUGGAGAAAAUCAACUUCGAUUUUGAAUCCAAUCAGAGUUAACACGAAUUUACACGAAGAUGCAGAUUUAUCAGGUCCUUUUCUAUUCUUGAUGGCUUUUGGUUUGUUUCAAUUACUUGCUGGGAAACUUCACUUUGGGAUUUUGCUAGGUUGGGUUACUGUUGCAUCACUAUUCUUGUAUGUUGUCUUUAACAUGUUGGCUGGUAAGAAUGGGAAUUUGGAUCUUUAUAGAUGUUUGAGUCUUAUUGGUUAUUGUAUGUUGCCAAUGGUCAUUUUAUCGGCAUUCGCCUUGUUUUUGCCGCAAGGAGGAGUGAUUGUUAUGGGAAUGGCUGGGGUUUUUGUAUUGUGGUCAACUAGGGUUUGUACUCGAUUAUUGGUUGAACUUGCUUCUUGCGGAGAUGAACAUCGAGGGUUGAUAGCUUAUGCUUGUUGUUUGAUUUACGUCUUAUUUUCAUUGCUAGUGAUAUUUUGAUUUUGGGGGUUUUCGCUUGUUAAAGUUGAGGGACUGGAAUUGUGUCUGUGGAGGGAAGUUGAACUGGAAAUAACAUUAAUGUAUUAAACUCUUUCAACUUUAAUUUUGCAAGGUUUUUAUGUAACUUGUUGUAUAAAUAUUAGCUUGGACUUGUUAUUCAUUUAGUUUUCAAAUAUUUGUUUCAGCAGUUGUUUUGUUUUUUUCUGGUUGUAGCUUGGACUUGAGUUUAUGUCUCUUUUAACUGGAAUAUUAGAGAUGUUUUAUGGUAGUG